AUGCCGCAUAUCCCCGCAAACUCAAGUCUUGAGGAUGAAUGCCAUGAUGCGAUCCGCAAAUUCUUCGAUGAUCUCGAGGCCGAUGAAAGUGCCUUGUUCGAGGCUACAACAAAAUCGCAGCAGCUGAUAGACGACCUUCGAGAUGUCGACAAUAAACACAAGGCAUCUAUUUCAAGAAAAAUUGGACCGAAGCUGAAGACCUUCGUUGCCGGCGUCGAACAGUUUGGAUCGGCCUUGGAUAUAGUCGCAGGUUCCGUCUCGCUAAUGAGCCCCAUUUGGGCUUCAGUACGCAUUGUUCUGAAGCUCGCAGGUGACUACAGCGAGUAUUUCGACAAGAUCUCAGACAUGUUUGAAGAGAUUGGCUACAUCCUUUCCUGCCUUCGACGAUAUCCGCGCCUGUACCCUGACAACCAAAUCCUACGCGAGUCAAUGGUACAGAUUUUCCAAUCGAUCAUGCAGUUCUGUACCAAAGCCCGAGAUGUCUUCCACCAGGGCAAAAAACACCAGAGCGGUAUCAGAGCGUUGAAUCCAGUCGGCCUCCAUGCAGCGUGGAAACUGAUCUGGAAGCCCUUUAAGCUUCAGUUUGGUGACAUAAUGGACCAAAUUAGAUCCUCCUUGACCAGGAUUGACCACGAAGUCGAUAUUGCGGAGAAAGAGCUGGCCAGCAAAGAGAGAACCAAGGCAGAGCAAGAACGCCAGCUGCAGACAUCUCGCUGGGACGCGCUCGAGUCGCACCAAAGGACAGUCACCGAAUUCAUCGAUCAGCAACGAAUCGAUUACGUGAAUCAGUGGCUAUCACCCGUCAAUGCCGCUUCGAACCAUACCUCAGCUAUGAAACUGCGCUACCAAGGAACGGGAAAUUGGUUCAUAGAUGGACAAGAGUUUCAGGAGUGGCUUUCGACUGCAAACUCCUUCUUGUGGCUGCACGCCAUCCCCGGAGGAGGUAAAACUAUACUGGCCUCGAAUGUCAUUGACUGGCUACGCAAUCACAAGAAGAGCAGCGAGGUGGCACUGGCGUACUUCUACUGUGAUUAUAAGGACAAGCAAAAACAGUCCCCCGUCAAGAUCGUCAGCACAUUAUUGUGGAUGCUUGCAUCCCAGAACGACGAUGUUUUUGGUAGGAUCCAGGCCUUCUUUGAAAGGCAAUGCAAAGAGAACCCGGCUUAUACUCCAGAGUUUGACGAACUUUUGAACAAUUUUGGCCAUUUCGUGGCCAGCAGUUUUGAGACUAUCUUCGUUGUUGUUGAUGCUUUGGACGAGAGUGAAGACAGGGAGUGUGUGGCGUAUGCCCUGAAAAGGAUAUUUGAAACCUGCAAAUGCGCCAAAGUCUUUGUUACUAGUCGUCAUGAAAUUGACAUCGCCCGGACUCUUGAUAAAUUGCCCAGUACUACCAUUGAGGCGACCGAUGUCGCGGGGGACAUUGAGUUGUACGUGAAAGCGGAGGUGGCCAUCAAGAUCAAGACACGAAAACUGAAGCUGAGAGACUCGAAUCUUGAGAGUGUCAUCUGCGACACUCUGAUUGAUGGGGCGCAUGGCAUGUUUCAAUGGGUGAAGUGCCAGCUUGACCAGCUGUGUAAGCUUCGUAACGACAAAGCCGUGCGGAGUGCUCUGAAGGACCUCCCCAAAACAUUACACGAUACCUAUAUCCGGAUUCUGCAGAAGGUAGAGGCAGCAAAUGCCGACGACGUGGAGAUUGUGCAUCGACUUCUAAAGUGGUUGGUCCGAGGGGUGCGAAAUCUCACACUGGGCGAGCUGGCAGAGUGUACGCAGAAGAUGUUGUCGAGCUUUGUGGAAGUCUGA